GGGAAGAAACAUGGGGGGCCGGUUUUAGUUAUUAAUUAAAGGGCCCAUUAGUUGUUUCUUGUUUAGCAAGUUGUUAACCCUAGUUUAUAUCUUAUAAAUACCCAAUCAUGUAACUAUAAUCUGUGAGCACCUAAUAAAAGAUAAACCCUAGCUGCAACCCGUGGAGGUUACUGACCGAACCACGUUAAAUCUCGUGUUCUUAUUUUCUGCUAUUUGUGUGUGUGUGUUUGUUCGCUUCCGCUUGACCGCCUCUGAUCUCUGAUUCCUAACACAUAACCCUUUAUAUUUACAUAUCAUAUAUUGUCCUAUUUACUAAUGCUUCUUUUUAUUGUGGAAGGUUAAGCUUGUGAAAUGUAUCAUACAAAAUAUUGUUGUUGACAUUUCCUUCAAUCAAAUAGGUGGUCUUUGUACAUUGUGCUUUCUGGAACAGGUUGAUCAUCUCAUUGGAAAGGAUCAUCUUUUUAAGCGCAGUAUUAUAUUAAUCAAGGCAUGGUGCUAUUAUGAAAGUCGUAUACUUGGUGCUUUCCAUGGCUUGAUAUCUACGUAUGCUCUAGAGACUCUGGUUUUGUACAUCUUUCAUCUUUUCCACUCCAGAUUAGAUGGACCUUUAGCAGUUCUAUACAGAUUUCUGGACUACUUUAGCAAGUUUGAUUGGGAAAAGUGUUGUAUUAGCUUGAAUGGUCCAAUCCGCAUAUCAUCUUUGCCGGAAAUUGUUGCUGAGGCACUUGAAAAUGGUGGCAGUGAUUUACUUCUCAGCAAUGAUUUUCUUAUACAUUGUGCUGUCACGUUUUCAGUUCCCUCAAGAGAGGUUGGCACGAACUCUCAGACAUUUGUACUAAAGCAUCUUAACAUAGUUGAUCCUCUAAAAGAAACUAAUAAUCUUGGGCGCAGUGUCAGCAAAGGGAAUUUCUAUCGAAUACGAAGUGCUUUUGCAUAUGGUUUUAGGAAACUUGGGAGAAUACUUGUGCAGUCAGAUUGUAAAAAUAUUGCUGAUGAGCUUUGUAAGUUUUUUUCGAACACAUUGGAUCGGCAUGGGAAGGGUCAGAGGUCUGAUGUUCGAGAUCUUAAUCCACUAGCUGGCCACACUGGUUUCUGCUCUGCAUUUGCUCCUUCGGAUAUAAAUUCAUCACACCUUGAGAAUCUAAAUUAUAGACUCAAAUUCUGCGACCUCACAAGCACAAGUGGAGAUUGCCAAGUCUGCCCAUGCAACGUUGGGGAUAGGAACCAAGAGUGUACCACAGAUGCAUACCAAUCCAAGUUGGCUUCAGGCACUGAUUGGUGUGUAGAAGGAAAUGCAGUGGAUAAUCAACUUCUUGUAGAUGCGAUUGAACUUGCUAGCUCAAUACAUGAAGACCUAAAGUUUCCUAACCAUUUUCACAGUUUUUCUCAUUUGGGUACAGAUAGAUCUGUAGCUGAUAUGCCAUUUUACACACCUCAUGUCCACUUUACUGGCUCCAUGUGCAACGGGGAGGUGAGAAGGGGGAACCCAGAAGGAAAGCAGGAUGGCAUUGACAGCAAAUAUUUCUUUGGGUUAAAACAAAAAAGCUCCAAAGAAAGAAAGUGCCUGGAGAAGAAUCAUCCAAUUUAUAAGCAUGAUGUUUUGAUUCCCUCUGCAUCAGGGGAUGUUUCUAUGGCCUCCCAAAUACUUGCUUCCUCCAACUGCUCACACCACAUAAAACACGACUGGCCUUCAGCUAUUUGUGCUAGAAGUAUGCAAUAUUUUCAUUCUUUGUUGGAUCUUGGUGGUGACUUCAACUAUUACUUCAGUUGUCUGCAAUAUGGCAGAUGGUGUUGUGAAUACUCUUCCAACAUGUUGACUUUCACUGCACCUAAUUCACCACCAUCUUCACUGUAUGUUACAUACUCAUUGGAUGCAGUUCAGCAGCCAAUACAGGUCAAAGCGAAUGAUUUUCUCUAUGGGAGUGCUAAUGGUAUUUUUCCUAGUCAAGCAUUCUAUCCAGCAAAACCUCUGUCAGUACCCAGUCUUUCAUUUGGCUUAGAAGAGAUUCUGAAACCACGGGGAACUGGAACAUACUUUCCAAACAUGAAUCAAUCCGCAAAAAGUUAUAGGUCUUCCUCAACUUGGAAGGGAAGGAGUCAAGCUCUGACGAGGUCUCCUCGAACGACAAAUGGAAAGAAUGCACCGCCAUUUACCGAGUCAUAUGCACAUCACAGAAACAGCCAUGAACUGCUACAAGAAUCACUAGAUGCGGUUGAUUCAACUGUUAUCAACCUAUCGUCUUCAUCUCAUGGAAGGGGGGAGCAUCCCAGUGCUGGUAAGAAUUACCUAGUAUCUCACUCUGAGGACUGAGGGUGCUGCUCCUACUGGUAUUGGGUCAGUUGAAGAUGUUCCUCCACCAAGGGCUUCCAUGUCAGACCAAAGCCGACAAAGGAGGCAUUCCCAUACAUCAUCACCUGUACCACAUUCUGCUCUAGCUUCCCCUACUUUAAGGUCACACCAAUCCAUACCCCUUUUUAGUCGGGAUCAUGAUGAUAAUGUAUGACAUACUAAUAUCUUCAAUAUUUAUCAUUUUUUGUUGUUGUUGUUGUUGUCAGAGCCUAGCUCACCACUUCAAGAAGCUCCCAGGGCUUUACUUGGCACUAGGAGCUGAAUGGGAUGGUGGUUUGGUUUAGAUUGAAGGGCUCCUGUUGGGUGGGCCUACCGGGAACACUUCAAUCUUGGACCUUGUUACUAGGGUCGAUAGGUCUUUAGUGGCUAAGUAAGAAACAUGAGCCCGUGCAUUGCUCAGUGGCUCCUACAUUGUUUUUAUUUUGUAGUCAGAGGUUCGUGUCUGUAACAUUUAGUGACUACCUUUCUUUACCAGCUUCAAUGCAAUUGGUUUUAUGCAAGACUUGGCCAAUGAUGUUAAAAGAGUCUUUCCUGCAAAGGCAUUUGUUCGUUGUCAAUUGCAGAGAAACAAAAGUAUUUGGUUUCG